AUGUGCAACUCCUGUUGUGGAUCCUGCUGCUCCGGCCAGGGCUGUGGCUGCUGCCAGCGCAGGUGCUGCCAGACCACCUGCUGCAGAACCACCUGCUGCCGCCCCAGCUGCUGCUGUAGCCCCUGUUGUGGUGGCUCCAGUGGCUGUGGUGGCUCCAGUGGCUGUGGUGGCUCCAGUGGCUGUGGCUCCUGCUGCUGCCGCCCCAUCUGCUGUAGGACUACCUGCUGCAGGACCACCUGCUGCCGCCCCAGCUGCUGUGGCUCCUGCUGUGGUGGGUGCAGUGGCUGUGGUGGCUCCAGUGGCUGUGGUGGGUGCGGUGGCUGUGGCUCCUGCUGCUGCCGCCCCAUCUGCUGUAGGACUACCUGCUGCAGGACCACCUGCUGCCGCCCCAGCUGCUGUGCCUCCUGCUGUGGUGGGUGCAGUGGCUGUGGUGGCUCCAGUGGCUGUGGUGGGUGCGGUGGCUGUGGCUCCUGCUGCUGCCGCCCCAUCUGCUGUAGGACUACCUGCUGCAGGACCACCUGCUGCCGUCCCAGCUGCUGUGGCUCCUGCUGUGGUGGGUGCAGUGGCUGUGGUGGCUCCAGUGGCUGUGGUGGGUGCAGUGGCUGUGGCUCCUGCUGCUGUUGCCCCUGCUGCUGUGUCUCCUCUUGCUGCCGUCCUUGCUGCUGUCGCCCCACCUGCUGCCAGACCACCUGCUGCAGGACCACCUGCUGCCGCCCCAGCUGCUGUGGAUCCUACUGA